UUCUAUAUAUAAAAAAAAAGAAGCCCUUCGUCCCCACUCUAACCCUAAUUUCCAUCUCCUCUCUUUCUCUCUCUAAAUUCUUUGUCUCGCUGCUCUCUGGUUUUUGUUGUAAUCCAAAAUGAGGGAAAUUCUUCACAUCCAGGGAGGCCAAUGCGGUAACCAGAUCGGAGCUAAGUUCUGGGAGGUUGUUUGCGCCGAGCACGGCAUUGAUUCCACCGGAAAGUACCAGGGAGACUCGGAUCUUCAGCUUGAGAGGAUCAAUGUCUACUAUAACGAAGCCAGUUGCGGUAGAUUUGUUCCCAGAGCUGUUCUCAUGGAUCUUGAGCCUGGAACCAUGGACAGUAUCAGAUCUGGACCUUACGGCCAGAUCUUUAGACCUGACAACUUUGUUUUCGGUCAAUCUGGUGCUGGAAACAACUGGGCCAAAGGUCAUUACACUGAGGGUGCUGAGUUGAUCGAUUCCGUUCUCGAUGUCGUCCGUAAAGAGGCCGAGAACUGCGAUUGUUUACAAGGUUUCCAGGUCUGUCAUUCGCUCGGAGGAGGAACUGGAUCUGGAAUGGGUACCCUUUUGAUUUCGAAGAUCAGAGAGGAAUACCCUGACCGGAUGAUGCUUACGUUCUCUGUUUUCCCUUCACCGAAGGUUUCAGACACAGUUGUGGAGCCUUACAAUGCUACCUUGUCUGUUCAUCAGCUUGUUGAAAAUGCAGACGAGUGCAUGGUUCUUGACAACGAGGCUCUUUACGACAUUUGCUUCCGUACCCUGAAACUAACCACUCCUAGCUUUGGUGAUUUGAACCAUUUGAUCUCCGCAACAAUGUCCGGAGUCACAUGCUGUUUGAGAUUCCCUGGACAGCUCAACUCCGAUCUCCGAAAGCUUGCCGUCAACCUCAUUCCCUUCCCUCGUCUCCACUUUUUCAUGGUGGGUUUCGCUCCUCUCACCUCCCGUGGUUCACAGCAGUACAGAGCCCUGACUGUUCCCGAGCUUACUCAGCAAAUGUGGGAUGCAAAGAACAUGAUGUGCGCAGCAGAUCCCCGCCAUGGACGCUACCUCACAGCCUCUGCCAUGUUCAGAGGCAAGAUGAGCACCAAGGAGGUUGACGAGCAGAUGAUCAACGUCCAGAACAAGAACUCAUCCUACUUUGUGGAAUGGAUUCCCAACAAUGUCAAGUCCACGGUGUGUGACAUCCCACCAACCGGCCUGAAGAUGGCCUCCACAUUCAUUGGAAACUCGACAUCAAUCCAGGAGAUGUUCCGUCGUGUGAGCGAGCAGUUCACAGCUAUGUUCAGGAGAAAGGCUUUCUUGCAUUGGUACACGGGUGAGGGCAUGGACGAGAUGGAAUUCACUGAAGCCGAGAGCAACAUGAACGAUCUGGUGUCUGAGUACCAGCAGUACCAGGAUGCCACAGCUGAGGAGGAUGAUUACUAUGAUGAGGAAGAGGAGGAACCCCAAGAGAUGUGAGGAAAACAAAACAGCAUAUAUGCGUGGGUUGAUUUAGGCAAAUGAGAGUAUGGAUGGUUAAGAUUACUAUACCGCUAACCACCACUGGUUGUCGGUCUCUGGCAAUGGUGGUUUUCGGCUGCUUUGUAGUAGGGACAUAUUAAUCCGUCUGAAAUUUGUUUCUGUUGAUUUAGUGUUGUUUUUCUUAUGGUUUUAAGCAGACAUAUGAAAUCUUUUGAGAUAUGUUUGUGUUUACGCUUUAUUAAUAUUUUGUUCAUAUAAUGGUUUUUGUUUCA